CGAGAAUCGCAAAGGGUUAUUAUACUCGUGUCCGCUCUAACGUGAGGAUGGAGACCACACACAACUGGGUAGGGGGAGGCUAGUGGGGGCGACGUACCUCUGCUGAUCCUGACUCUGCACUCUUGCAUUCGCACGUUCAGGCCUGCCCGGCAACCGGGACUACAUUUUACACGGCGGAGAGGCUGUUGAAAGCCACAAAUUCACAGCUCUUCGCCCGCCCCCAUCUAAAAACAGCAACAAGCCCUGCGAUAGAGAAGAGGAGCGGAAGCGCAAACUACUCUCUUUUCCUUCCAAGUACAGAAACUUUUCUAUCCUAAUACUGUAAAAGAAACUGAAAGUCCCUCAGAGCUCUGUCUCCCUUCAGCCAUGGCUACCGCCGCGGAGGCUGUUGAUCUUGCUAAGAAUUUGCAGGACGAAUUGACUUGCUGCCUUUGCCUGGAUUUUUUUAACAAGCCAGUACUGAUUAUAAAAUGCUCCCACAGCUUCUGCAAGGAGUGCAUCUCUGAGCACUGCAAAAAGAUGGGGCCCAAGGCAUUUUGCCCCAGGUGCAGGGGGGAGCUCCGUCAAAAUAAUUUGGUAGACCAUAGAUCACUUGCGAACAUAGUGGAAACUUACCAGCAGAUGAAGAAAAACCACCAGGAAUUGUUGGGACCCUCCUGGAGAGAGCAUCAAGGAGCCAGUGGAUCCCAGGAUCUGAAGCUGUCAGCUGGAGUUUUCCCAUAUCAGCUCAAGGUUUGUACGGGCUUGAUUAGGACGCUGUUGACACAUGCGUUUGUGGCUGGGUGACUGCAAAAUCUAAGGACAAUUAGAUUGCAUGUGGGAAAGGAUAAGCAACUAUCAAAUGCCACAGGCAAAGAUCAAAUACCAAAGGCAAUUCUUGUCGGUGGGUAGUACACAUAUUAGGCUGGGACUGGUCAAAUAUUGAGUUUUGAUAAAGCAAUAAAUGAUUAGGAGGUGUACAUGCUCAUAUGAACUGGUUCUAGAACUGCAAACAGGGGUGUUUGAUUCCUUAAUGGCAGGAGGACUAAGUGUUACAUUUCAAUGGGACCGAAGGAAAAUAUCUCCCGCUGUAUAGCAAAGAAAAUUUGAUAAUGGCUUGUAUUCAAAGUAGUGCUAAGUGCUUCCUUGGGAAAGUGGAAAACCCCCUCCUCCCCUUGACCCUACCCCCCCAAAAUAUGUUUGUGGUUUUCUAACCCUCCAGAGCAGAUACUUUGCCCAUUCCUUUGUUGCCACACUUUGGACCUCUUGUUGGGGAAGCACCCGAAGAAGAGCCUCGGAUGAGAAUCGCAGGAUCCCGGUCAAUUCAUAUGGGAAAGGCGGUCUGUGAGGUAUUGUUUUCAAGAUCUAGGUUUAUAUGUGGCUUGUGGUUUUCCAUCCUCCAGGAAGUGGUGAAAAUAAGUGAAGUCUGCAAACAAAUAGAAGCGGCGUUUGAAGCAAUUGACAAGUGCACGAAGGACAGCGCUGAAAUGAAGGUUGGUACCUGAAUGAGUUGCGAUGAUAUGUUUGGCUUCUUUCUACCCUCUCCUCUUCUGGAACAUGUAGAGGCCUUUCAGGGUUGUUGUUUAUUUGGUCAGAGAGUGUUCAGUUGAGGUCUGCCAUGCCCCUUCCUCAUAAUUCAUAAGAUUUCAGGGGGAUGGCAUGUUCUAGUAUCAUAGAACUGAAGAGUUGGGAGGGACCGCAAGAGUCAUGUAUCUAGUCCACACACACCCCCAGCAAUGUAGGAAUCUAUCACCCAACUUGGGGCCCUGAGAUUAAGAGCCACAUGCUCCACCGACUGAGCUAUCCAAUUUGGUUAUUACAGCGGUACCUUGGUUUUCAAACGUAAUCUGUUCUGGAAGACUGUUCGAGUUCUGAAACGUUAGAAAACCAAAGCAUUUACUUACGGAAACAUUUACUUAGGGAAAAGUCAAUACGGAAGUCACGUAGCAUGUUCAACUUCUGAAAAGUAUUUGAAAACCGAAGCAUGCACUUCUGUGUUUUCGGCGUUCGAAAUACAAAACGUUCGACUUCUGAGACGUUUGAAAACCAAGGUGCCACUGUACAUUCAUUCGCCCCAAUAUUCCACAUACCACAAGAGGCCAUUUAUUAAUUCAAUUGAGUCAAGUUGUAAAGUUGUACUUCGAAUCGUGCUAUCCUAGUCUGUAGAUCAUAAGCCAGAUAUUGAUAUGUCCCUUCUUAUACAAAAUCCCAUAGUUUUAAAGAGGCAGAAGCCCAUGUAGGGGUUGAGAAUUCCUGUCUGUGGGAUAGAGGGGGAGCUGAACUAUCCCAAAAGCAUUUGAAGAGUUGUGUCACACCUCUUAGGAAGCUCUGAGCUUAUGUGUCCUCCUAAAUCAGCUUCUCUUCCCUUGGUUUUAGGAUUCUGUAUCUCGAAUCAAAAGUUCCAUUAGAGAAGGCUUCAGUUUUAUGAAGAAGUAUAUUAAUGAUCAAGAGGAAAAGGUGCUGAAUGUUAUUGAUGAAGAAUGUGCUGCCGCUCAACAAAGCAUAGACUUAAUGAAUGAGCAACUCACAGCAAGAAUUGACAGGCUUUUGGAACUGCAGAGUAACUCUGAGGAAGUGAUUAAGGUAAAAGCGGUGGGGGAGGAAUGAGAUUAACGGUGCACACUUACUUGGAUAUAAGAUCGAUUGAACAAAUUGGAUUUGUUUUCUGGGAAAACAAGUAUAGGAUCGAGAUGCAUGCCAUUGUGGCUUUUCCAGUGCAAUACAAAAACAAUGCCUAAACUUACUCUCCAAUUCUAAAGAUAUGAUAUGUAAAUUUGGACCAACUCCCAGAAUCCCUGAACCUAGAGAAAACUUCCCCUUUUGUUUUUGUUGUAGCACUUCUGAACAUAAACCCCUAAAGCAGCAUUUAAAUUUCCUUUUUCUCAGUCCUCAUCCCCCUGCCCAGAUGUGUUUAUGAGUUACGCAGAAACUUGAGAAUCAUAUUUGAAUGGGCUCAGUUUAUAUUGGCUGUAUCUUAAGGACCAUAUGCAACUUCUUUCAAAUGGAACCUGUCAGGCACAGUACUUGUAAAAACAUUUCUGUUAUGCCAGGUUUAUCAGAUAGGCUGAUUUUAACAUUUUGCCUGCUGAUUUUAGUCAUGCAUUUCAUGAUUUUUAAAAAUAUCGUAGCAAGCCUUGAGUUCUUAUGUGAAUAGAAUAUAGAAUAGCAUUUACUGCAUUCAUCCAUAGACUACAGCAGAAAUCCUUUGUGAUUUAAAAAAGUGGCAUAUAAACAAACAAACAAAUAAAAAUUUGUUUUCCAGGAGCUCCAGGAUUAAGAUUUUAGGGCAAAAGGAAUAACAAAUAUAUGUGACAGAACUGGAGGAUUUUAGAAACGCCAUUCAUUCAUACUAGCCCCUGAAUUAAAAUACUUUUUUAAACUUUCUAUUAAUAUUAUCAGCAUUCUUUGGAAGGUUUUAGACUGCCCUGGAUAGAUUUAUAUACAGAUGUAUUCCAGAUAUAUUUUUUUCCAUUGGAAAUUUUCAGUCCACUUCUACAAAUCUACACUUUUCUAACUUAAGAGUUGUCAGAAAUCCUCGCUGGAAAUGUUGCUUGUUGUUGUGACCCCCCCUCCCCCCAUUAUUAGAAUACCUCAUCGGAACAAGAAGUUUCCAUCGGUGAGCCUAUCAGAGUGACCGAAGUUGUUCUUGGUGUUCAGAAGAUUUCUGGCAUCAUAUAUGCUGUGGAAGAGUUCAGAAGGCAGCUGGAUAGGGCAGUGCUGGAAAAAUGCCCCAGGCAGCAGCCUCGUGGUGAGUGGAGUUUGAAAUUUUCCACUAGCUAAAGGAAGUCUGACAUGUGUUUGAUCAUUACCAAGCCGAGUCCUGUAAGAUGCUGAAGAAGUAAAUAGGAGUCUGCAUAUUUACACCAGUGUAAUGCUGACAGCCAGAAACAUUCAGUAAGUACUGCCUUGGCUAGAUCAGACCAUGUCUGGCAUUGUGUCCUGAUAAUGAUAGCAGCCAAAUGCCCCUGGGAAGUAAGUGAGGAGGGCUUCAUAGAUGAUUUGCCCACCACAGAGCACUCUGAAUCUCUGGAAUUUCCCACUACAGUCAUACCUUGGGUUACAGAGACUUCAGGUUGCGUUUUUUUGGGUUACGGACUGCCGAAACCCGGAAGUACCGGAACGGGUUACUUCCAGGUUUUGGCGGUCACACAUGCGCAGAAGCGCUAAAUUACGCUUUACGCAUGCACAGAAGCGCUGAAUCGCAACCCAUGCGUGCGCAGGCGUGCCGCUGCAGGUUGCAAACUCUGUGAGUUGCGAAAGUGCAUCCCACACGGAUCAUGUUCGCAACUCGAGUGUCCACUGUAUAGGUCUUUUUUUUUUAAUAGGAUCAAAAAAUUUAAAGGGACCCCUGACCGUUAGGUCCAGUCGUGGCCGACUCUGGGGUUGCGGCGCUCAUCUUGCUUUAUUGGCCGAGGGAGCCGGCGUACAGCUUCCGGGUCAUGUGGCCAGCAUGACUAAGCCUCUUCUGGCGAACCAGAGCAGCACACGGAAAUGCCUUUACCUUCCCGCUGGAGCGGUACCUAUUUUUCUACUUGCACUUUGAGGUGCUUUCGAACUGCUAGGUUGGCAGGAGCAGGGACCGAGCAACGGGAGCUCACCCCGUCGCGGGGAUUCGAACCGCCGACCUUCUGAUCGGCAAGUCCUAGGCUCUGUGGUUUAACCCACAGCGCCACCCGCAUCCCAGUUUUCUUAAUCUUUACAGCUGUGACAAUUUGUAUUAGUGCAGUGAAUUUGAUUUUGGAUUAAGAUAUUAAGAUAUCCACACAUAGGCAAACAUCUUCAAGGUGCUUUCUUCAGUCGACAGACACCCUUUUCUUUUUCCUGUUCUGCCAACACUAUGAGUACUGGACCCUGUUUGUCAUACAGACAGGACUGCUUGAUGAGAGGUUUAUUCUGUUGAGACUGCUGUUUCAGUUCUGGUGAAAUGGGGAAUUUAAAGGUGGAAAUAUUAAGGAUAGCCUUUCUUUUUUAAAACUGUGAGUGAUAGCUGCUAUUAUUAGCAAUGUGUUUGCGUUGUGUUUCCUGCAGUAUCCCAGAAGGGAACCUCUGUUGAGGUUUUGAUAAUAGGCACAUUUAUUUAAAUUGGCUAAUUAUUAAAUCAACAAGUUCCUUUGUUGAUUGGCAGCUCUAGUGCUUAUAUUUCCCUACCCCCACCCCAAAGAUGUGGACGUGUGCACAAUAUUUGGUGAUUUUAGGCCAAUAUGAGUAAUUACAAAGAUGUUUAAUGAUACUCCAAAAUCCACAGUUGUGCAAUACCUUUAGUUGGAUCCACUCAAGUAUCACAUUUUGUGAGUUUUCGAGAGCUCUUCAUCAGAGAAGAUGGUGCACAAAAGUAGGUAGGGACAAUAAAAAGACAAGAGUUUAAAAAUUAGGCUGCAUGUUGUUGCCAUGAGACUCCAUUCCAAGAUGUAGAUUGCUGUCUAAAUAAGCCCCUCCCAUACAAUAUGAUACGAUAAUCUUUAUUAUUGUCCCAUACAGAACAGCGAAAUUGAAAAAAUCUACAUCAGACAUUCAAAAACCCACAAGCCUGCUAUCCCAGCCUGGUUAGCCCCCUAAAAACUCUGAUACUCCAUAAUUAAAUACAAUAUACUCCCAUAGAGACUACCUUACACUGCGUUUAAAACCAAAAUCGCAUUGGAAUAGAAACUGUUUCUCAGGUGGCUAGUCCUAGUCUUUAUAACCCUGUACCUUCUUCCAGAAGGCAGAAGCUGAAAGAGAUCAUUUCCGGGGUGCGCAUUGUCCUGCUCUAUCUCUGCAGCUUUCUUAUGGCACCUGGAAGCAUAGAUUUGAUCCAAGGUCAUAUACAGAAGUUUUUACUUUGAAUAUGAGUUUAAGGACCCCAGAUUCUCAUCUAAUCCAGAUUCUCAUCUAAUUCUGAUCUGAAUUGAAACCAUAGUCUGCAAAGGAGGAACAAUUUGACAUGUGCUGUCAACACAGGCUUCGCGUUUCAAUAAUUUAACUGAGCGUGCUUUUUUUUUUUUUUUUUACUGCAGAAUUUUCUCCAGGAACAAGUAACAUGACUUGUGCCUCUAAUGAUAUCCAAACCAACGUGGCAGAGGAUGAAAUUGCCUCCACCAGCAAUUCUUGUGAGUAGUUAACUAACUGAAUCUUAUUCCUUCUCUGUUGCUCUCAUGCGCUUGAGUGAUUUUACAACUUUGAGCAGCUGCACAGAAGUUCAUGCGACUGCAGACUCAUGCUUCAAGUUGUGGCAGAAGUUUUUUUCUGAGUUGAAAGCCACAGCUCCCUCUAGUUAAUGUUCAAUGGGCCCCUGGAUCUUUUCAAGAAAAACAGUGCUUUAAAUGUUGAGCACCGUAAGAAAUCAAGUAACUUCUCUGUAUAGUCCCACACUGCGUGGUCUCAGAGCACAUGAGGUUGGUGAAGCUAAGCAGGUGUAGGCCUGGUUAGUUCCCGGAUGGGUGACCACAUGGAAAACACAUGGAUACUACCUUUGGUUGCAUCGCAGAAGAAAGAGUGAAUGGAAAGAUAAGAAAAGUAAAUAAAUACAGUCGUACCUUGGUUUUCGAACUGCUAAGUUUUGGCUCCCGAACUUCAAACCCAGAAGUGACUGUUCCUGUUUGUGAACUAUUUUUUGAAGCUGGGGCUUCCACGGCUUCUGAUUGGCUGCAGGAGCUUCCUGCAGCCAAUCAGAAGCCACGCUUUGGUUUCUGAACAUUUUGGAAGUCGAACAGACUCCGGAACAGAUUCCGUUCGACUUCCAAGGUAUGACUGUAAAUGUAUAAUCCCAGGGAGGAGUUUUUAGGGCCACCUGUAUAUUCUGCAGCUAUCACAUGACAGCAUCCCUCUGUUGUUGGUUAAGGACCUCUUACUUGCUAACAAAGGGACGCGGGUGGCGUUGUGGGUUAAACCACAAAGCCUAGGACUUGCUGAUCAGAAGGUUGGCGGUUCGAAUCCCUGCGAUGGGGUGAGCUCCCGUUGGCUCGGUCCCUGCUCCUGCCAACCUAGCAGUUCGAAAGCACAUCAAAGUGCAAGUAGAUAAACAGGUACCACUCCGACGGGAAGGUAAACAGCGUUUUCGUGCGCUGCUCUGGUUUCUCCAGAAGCGGCUUAGUCAUGCUGGCCACAUGACCCGGAAGCUGUACGCUGGCUCCCUCGGCCAAUAAAGCGAGAUGAGCGCCGCAACCCCAGAGUCGGCCACGACUGGACCUAAUGGUCAGGGGUCCCUUUACCUUUACCUUACUUGCUAACAAGGGGACUCUCUUUAUUAGCACUCCAUCAAGAUUCUCUUCAGGGAACCAGCUGCUCUUCUUCAGCAACGUCAUCGGCCAGAGAUAGUCCAACGCCAGCAAUUUCAAGUCAGUUUUCUCAGUGUAAGUAUAAGUCACUGUAUAUACAAGAUAGUGGUGUUAGGAAGUGUGGACAAGACAUUCAAUGAACUGUUGUUUUGGUACUGCAAGACCUAGAUUGAUUGUCCUGCUGCUGAAUUCUGUCAGCUUAUGUCCAGUUAAAGCAGUGUCGGAUUUACGUAUAAGCUAAACAAGCUGUAGCUUAGGGCCCCAUUCUCUUAGGGGCCCCCCAAAAAAUUAAAGGAAAAAAAACAACUGGAUGAACAUUUCAAAAAUGUAAGAUAAAAAACAAGUAAAAUAAAACCUACAUACAAUUAGAGCUUAAUAAUUAUUUCACUAUUAAUAUACUUCUUAAUUGUAUUUCAUUAUUAAUAUACUUCUUAAUUGUAUUUCAGUUCAACAAUUACUUUGAUAAAAUACAUAUUUUGUUAUGCACAAACGGCUUUAGAUACCUAUUAGGUCCAUAAAUUACCAUAUAGCAUAUAUUCAACACAAAAAAAUAGUGACAAUUUGUUGUUGACAAAGGACAGCUGGACAUAUAAAGGGCCCCAUUACCUUCAGUAGCUUAGGGCCUCAUCAAACCUAAAUCUGGCCCUGAAGAGUCAAACUUGUUUGUUUGUCUGUUUUAAGAGUCAAACCUUCACACUGAAAUCAUGAACUUGCUUUCUUUCAAUCCUAUGUUUUGAAAAUAGAGCAUGGCAUCUCUUAAGCUUUGUUAACUAAGGGCUUUUGGAAAUCCUGUUCAUUGGUACAUUUAGUUUUAUUGAGCUGCAACAUGUUUUGUAAACUUCUCCAGAUUGUGUGAGAUAGGAUCUGGUUCUAAAUGAUUUCCUAGCCACAGAGAAAUAGUUAUCAUAUACAGUACUCACCCCACCCCCACCCAUGUACUUUGGGUUUUUAAAUUAAAUAGCCAUGAUACAAAAUAAUAAUUGAGUGAUUGAUUGAAUUUAUAUAUCACCCUAUAUCCGGGGGUCUCAGGGUGGUUCACAGAAUAAAAUCAAGAUAUAAAACCACAAAAUACAUAAUAAAUAUAAAUACAACAACCCAAUAGCCCCCCUUACAAAAAACACAUUUUAAAAGGGCAUAGAAUGGGAAUCAGAUCAACCAAAGGCCUGGUUAAAAAGGAACGUUUUUGCCUGGCACCUAAAGGUGUAUAAUGAAGGCGCCAGGCGAACUUCCCUGGGGAGAGCCUUCCACAAACAGGGAGCCACUGCAGAGAAGGCCCUUUCUCCUAUUGCCAUCCUCUGGACCUCUUGUGAAGGAGACACAUGAAGAAGGGCCUCAAAAGAUGUUCUCAGGGUCCGGGUAGGUUCAUAUGGAAAGGGGCGGUCCUUGCCUGUUGCAGAAAUUCUCUUGAUCCAGCACAUUGAUCUUGUUUAAUUUAAAUGAUUUUGCUUAUUACAGGGGCAUCCUACGUGACUUUUGAUCCCAAGACGAUCAGCAACAUGCUUCAACUCACGGCAGAUAAAAGGAAAGUCUCUGUGAGCCCUUGGGAAUCUGACUAUGAAUAUUGUCCGAAGAGAUUCCGCAUCAGCCAGGUGUUGGGCUCCCAGAGUUUCUCUGAAGGGUGUCACUACUGGGAAGUUAGCACCAGAAACAGCACAGGAUGGGCUGUUGGUGUUGCCAGUGAGGACAUUGGUAAGAGUGACAAGCUAGGGAGAAGUGAGAUAUCCUGGUGCAUAGAAUGGUCAAGGAAAUGGCUCUCAGCAUGGCACAGAAAUCAAGAAACUCCAAUUAGUAAAGAGAAACCUCUGCAGGUUGGCGUUCUCCUCGACAUUCCAAGCAAUUGCUUAUCUUUUUAUUCUCUCACUGACAAGGUAACCCUUUUACAUCAGUUUGAAAUCCAUGUGGUAAACCCUGUCUACCCAGCUUUUUGGAUCUAUGGUACAGAUAUAGGUGGCUUCUUAACUAUAAACGAUAUCAAAAGGAAUUAACCAGAAGCGGUUUAGUCAUACUGGCCACGUGACCGGAAAGCUGUCUGUGGACUAACGCCUGAAAGCACAAAAGUUAUGCUAGGGAGCUGAUCAAAUAGCACAAGGAAUUAGGGGUCUAAUGGUCAGUGCCUAAGGCAAACUACACCAACGUAUUGCCCUCCAUAUGGUGCUGAUGGGAGUUGUAGUCCAAAACAUCUGGAGGGCAUCAGGUUGGGAAAGACUGCAUUAUUAUUAUUAUUAUUAUUGUUGUUGUUGUUGUUGUUGUUGUUGUUGUUAUUAUUGUUACUAUUAUUAUUAGCUGUCCAUCUGACUGGGUUGCACCAGCCAAGCACUACAUUGGUACCUCAGGUUAAGAAUUUAAAUUGUUCUGGAGGUCCGUUCUUAACCUGAAACAGUUUUUAACCUGAGGUACCACUUUAGCUAAUGGGGCCUCCCGCUGCCGCCGUGUCGCUGCCACCGCACAAUUUCUGUUUUCAUCCUGAAGCAAAGUUCUUAACCUGAGGUACUAUUUCUGGGUUAGCGGAGUCUGUAACCUGAAGCGUAUGUAACUCGAGGUACCACUGUAUGGGUGGCUCCCAACAGAAUAUUAAAAACACGAUAAAAUGUCAAACAUUAAAAACUUCCCUAUACAGGGCUACCUUCAGGUGUCUUCUAAAAGUCCUGAGAUUUAUCAAGAAAAGCGAAAUGCCAAAGCAACUUUAUGUUUGACUUCUUGGAGGUUUUUAGAAUAUAUCUUUUGAUGCUGCUUUAAGGCUGACCUCCUUUGCAAUCUUAUGUUCACUUUUUUAUAGUUUACGUAUGCAGAAGGAUAGUAAGAACUUUGCAGGGUUCAGACACACUUUGUAGAGAUGAUAAAGUCUAGAAUGUGGGUCAAGAAUAAAUGAAGGAAUAUUAAUGUUUGGGUUUUUUUUACAUAAUAUCGUUCUGCUUUUUUAUGUUCGCUGGCUGUUUUGUAGAAUCUUACAAUUAAAAUUGUGAAACACGAGGCAUCCAAAAUAACUUUCUAAAAUUCUCUAAUAAAAUGACUUUAUUUUUUAGCCCAAAAGACUUUCC